GCCAGGCGUAGUAGCACCAAGGUUCGCUGCGUCGGGUUUGGUGUCGGAAGGAUUUUUCCUUGUGACACCAAAGUCGACGGAGUCUAGGGACUGGCUGCUAGGUCAGGACUUCGGGGAGCUGGACGGACACCGAAUCAUCGUGCGUAAGCUGGAGCAGACUAGGGUGCAAGUUUGGGUGCCGGGUGAUGCGGAUACGGAGUAUGUAAAGGAAUUCCUUUACGCUCAGAAUCCGGAUCGCCGGGAUCUCAAAUUCCUGGAGUGGAAGGCUGCGGGCAGGGAUGCUCUAGAGUUAGGUACCCGGUUGACCUUUUUGGUCCCGGAUGGAGUAGAGGAGAUCUGGGGCGAAGAGAAGACGAAGGUCAUGGACUUCUCCGCCACCAGUGUGAGAGUUAGGAUUUUGAGGGCCAACAUCACUCAACAACCCUCAGAACCUAACAAUGAAGAACCCGAACUGAGAAAGGAGGGCACGGCACCGAGCGGCGUCAAUACGGAGGAGAAGGAGGGUAUGGACGUCGUCGACGGGGGCGAGCUCUCCGAGUAACAGUCCGGGGACAACAACACUACACACAACUAUCACUAUGAACACACAAAGAACACUACACAAGCACCUACACACAAACACACACACAAACAUAUGCCAAGUAAACCUCCAACACUGCAAGGACGCAAUGUCUGAGCUAGGACAAUAUGUUAGGAGGGCCAAAGUUGAAAUAGCACUGCUGCAAGAACCUUAUGCAUGGAGGAACCGGGUGGCAGGCCUGGGACAUCUGGGGGGAGCUCUGUACUAUGAGGGAAAUGGUGAGCUACCUCCUAGAGCAUGCAUAUAUGUGAGUAAUAAUGUGAGAAAUAUGGGAUGUUUCAUGACCAUGUGUUGCAGAGACCUUGUCGUGGUGGAGACCUACUUCAUCAAUGACGAAGGGAAGAGAUGCAAGGUGGCGCUGGCGUCCUGCUAUCAGCCGGGCGACGUAGAGACACCUACAAAGGAAUUGGAAGAGACGGUUCUGAGGUGAUACACCGACGUUUAUAACAAGGGCGAGGAGAGAAGUGCUGGACAUCACUGUAGCAUCGAGAGAGAUAUCAGGCAAGGUAAAAUGUUGGAGGGUGGACGAGGAGGACAGCAUGUCUGACCACCGAAGGAUACUCUACAGCAUUGAUUGUCGGGUAGAAAAGAUGAAGGUAAGAAAUCCACGCAAAACAGACUGGACGAAGUUCGGAGAGGAGCUAAAGAGGACUUCCGUCUCGGGUGGUAGGUACGAAAGUAUAGACGACCUGGACAAAGGAGCACUCAGGCUGAAGGAGUUAGUAACAGCAGCAUACCACAAGGCAUGUCCAGAGAAACUCGUACAGGCAGGUAAAGGACAGCCAUGGUGGAGCAGAGAAUUACAGAAGGUAAGGAAGAAGGUUCGCAAGGCUAUGAGGGUGGCGGUAAAGAAAGGCGACACUCAUAGUUGGGACGAGUA